AUGACUCUAUCUAUACCUUCUUCAAUGGCUCCAUCAUCGCCGGUGGUUGUUCAACAGUCACCGUGGCACUCACCAGUGCCAUACCUCUUUUGUGGACUUGCUGCCAUGCUCAGUCUCAUUUCUUUUGCUCUCAUGAUCCUCGCUUGCUCCUAUGCUAAACACGCCAGAGACGAGGAGAACGCCGGCGAUGGAGAAAGAGACCUUGAGGCCGGAGAUGAUAAACCAGCCAACGACAAGGAAUUAUCCUCUGUUUUUGAAGAGAAAUAUCUGGUAAUCAUGGCGGGAGAAUCAAAACCAACGUUUCUGGCGACACCCAUCUCAAGCAGACCCUUAAUGUUUUGUAGAUGUAGUUGCCGGAGCUACUCGACGGAAAAUUCCUCGACAUCGGAAGUGGUAAUGAUGGAGGAGAAUCAAGAAGAAAAACAGGGGAGGAGUAGUGAUCAGGGUACCCAUCCAAAGAAAUACCGAAUGGUGGCGAUUGUGGGUUGUAUGGUAGAUAGGAUGGGGACUACUGUAGGUGAUCAUUGA